GGAAUUGUGUAUGAUCUUUUAAAAACUAUUUUUUAGACUGUUUUGUAGGAAUGAAGUUUAUUGAGACAAAUUCCAGUAUAAAUCAUUCUUGGUUCAAUAUCAGUUCAGUGUUUUUUUGUAGAUAUCCGAAUCCAUAUAGUAAACAUGUUCUUUCUGAAGAUGUUAUAUCACGAAAACUUGAAAAUAAUAUUUUAAAAACAAUACGCUUACAGUCUAAGACUAAUGAUGCUCCUAACUGGUUAAAGCGUUUUCUACCAUCUUCAACUGCUUAUAUUGUUGAAGAAUCACACGUAGACUUGAAAACUGGUGUUAUUAUGACAUAUACCACAAAUUUAAAUUUGAAGACACUGCUACAAGUUGAUGAAAAAGCUUUUUUCCUUAAAUCCCCCGAUGGCUCUACUAAAGUGAAUCGUCAAGCUUAUAUUAAAUCAAACUUAUUCGGUUUAUGUCAUGCAUUUGAGUCCUUUGGGUUAAAAAGAUAUUGUUCAAACAUUUCAAAGAUGGAGAAAAGCUUUGAUUAUGUAUUAAAAAUUAAAUCUCCUCAGUCUAUUGCGCAUCUAAGUUAUAAUUUGCCAGACAUAAGUAAUACAUUUCCAGUUUAAAAUCUAAACAUUUGUAAUAUGAGAGGGUUUUAUUUUAAUUAUCUAUCUUUUUAAAUUUUUAUCAAAUUAGAAUCAUAACACUAAAAUAAUGAUAACAGGUUGCAUAAUAAAGUUAAAAAUACACAAAUAUUUUUGUAUGUAAAAGUAUUAAGAUGCAUAUAUAAAUAUCUCACACACAUUUUUGUAUAUAUAAGUAUUUGAAUUCAUAUAUAAAGCAGUGUUUUAUAUUAAAGCAAAUAAAAACAAA